CCAGGUUUCAAUUCGUUCCCUCCCCCCUGAAAAACAAAGUAAGAUAUUUUAGCGUCAUGAUCGUAAGUACCGACGGACCCAUUUUUGCAAAUCCAUAAAGUUGGGCAGCUUUGCGUUGAUUCACCGAUUCUUGUGGUUGUAGUUAGACGUCGAAUACUAGUAGAUGAAAGCUUGCAAGAACAUGGUAAAUCGCCUCGGUACAACUACUUCUAAAGUGGUUCUUCGAGCUGGUGUUGGGGUCGUCGUAAUUCUCUUCCAUUUGUUGGCCCCCGGUGAAGAUCACCUGCUCUUCACUCCGGUCUCCGCUCUGAAUCCCUACUGCCCGACCUGCGCGCCCUACAACCUCGUGUGGAUUGUAGAUUACGAUGGUACGGGGAAAAAGACGAAUGGCACCGCGUGGGUCGACACACGGUUGGACGCAGACAAUGCCCCCGGCUUAUCAAAUGCAAAGAUGUCUGGGUCUGGAACCUUGUAAUGCUGAGCCGUGAAUAGUAAUUUCUCUGUAAUGCACAGCCAAGCAUGAGAAAUAUUCGCGCGGCUUAGAAGUGUUGUGCCUUCCGCAUGACAAACUGCGUUUGUUCCGUGACAAGUCAGAGGGUCAUCUCUUCUUGGACACGCAUCACAAACUCUUCAGUCAUGCCAGACAAGCAUGACAAACCUUGCAUCCUUCCUGACCCAGAGAAACAUAUUUGCAAUCCAUACGGCUUGGGAGAUCCCGACAUCGACCCGGAGGAAGCCAUAUGCAAUGCAAAAGCAUCGUACUAGUAUAAAUUGCAUUACAAAUUUUCUCAGCAUGAGAAAUAAAAUUUGUAAUGCGGAUUUACCUUAAGCAAAGGAAAAGUAAUGCAUAUUUGCAAUGACUACGAGUGCGAUACUUUUGCAGUUCAUAAGCCACCCGGUUGUUAAGCGACGAGUGCGUGAAAAGCGGGUGUCACGCGGUGAUGCGGUGGUUGCACCCAGGCGGGGUUUCUUACCAUGCGAGGGAACACAUGUGGUGGAAGACUGAAGACCCCAACUGGGGAGGCCCGAAAGAGAGGCUCUAUCCCAUUUAUUCCACGGAUGAGACUUGGUUGAACGACUUCGCCCCACCGGGAUGGAACACAGGUCUUGAGGACAAGUGGGACAAAACCAUCGCUCCAGCUAUAAAAGAACAAGCGACGAGUGCUUCUAGCACAACUAGUAGCAACAAGAAAACCAUCCUCUCGCUUCGCUGCAAGGCCCGGCCCUGCCUGCUGCGCCACCGAGGGAAAGGGUGGCGGGAGUACUCCGAGACGGGGUUGUGUGGGGAAGAAGGCGAAAAGAAACAGGGGUUCCUGGCGAAACAUGCUGAUUGGGGCGGGGAUUGCCGUGCGAACGCCUGCUGUAGUGUGAAAAAUAUAGACACAAACUGGUGGAAUCGAUUGUAUAAAAACGCGUAUGAGUGUGAGGAAAGCAAUGGCUCGAAUACCGAAGGCUCAAACAGACACCAAUUACGUCGCGUGUCGGAAACAGAGUAUGUGUCCUCCGACAAGAUUACCCAGAUCGCCACACUAUCCACCGCGACAUUAUAUAUUGAUCUGGGUCUUCCUCUUCACUGGAAAAGUGCAGAAGUUUAGUGUCAUGCGGAUAUUUUUUGUAUGGCUGUGGCCUGCAGCUCCACCUGUAGCUAGGGUACUAGUGCCGUAGCGUCAAAGUCUGGAAUGUAUUGCAGGGUUGUAGUACGACCUUAGCGUCACAGACACCUUCUGUGAAAGCUUUGUUGCAUUGUGUCCAACGACUGCUCUGCAUGAAGAGAAAAUGUAAUCCGCUCUAGUAAGGGUAAGUAGUAGUUGCCAACGAAAACGAACCAGCGUGUUGCUAUUCGUGCAUGACAGAUUUUGUUGUAAAGGGCCGGGUGGACGACCAUCACAAGAUUCCAUCCUUAUUCCAGACCUGGAUCGAUAUUUGCACUGCAUACGCCAAAACCUCAACACUUACCCGCGAGGCCGACGUCGAGCUUUCGUCGCCGCGUCGGGCGCCCCCGACAAAUUCUGGAAGAAGCGACAACCGGGAGGAACCGACGGAAGAAAACGACGGAGAUGCCUUGCAAGGGGGGAGUGCAGAUGGAUCAUCUUCCGACCUAAAGCAGGACAGCACGAAUCCUGCGCAGUACCGCGACGGCGACCUCGAAAGCGCAGAGACGAGCCGGGACCUCGAGUCCUGCAGUUGCGAGGAGGAAGAGGUAGCGGUGGCAGAUGUUGGCACUGUUCCUGCUUUUUUGGAAACACAAACAUCUUCAAAACUACCGCAAAUUUCCUCGUCUUCGGCCGGGACGAGUGUAGGUGGACAAGAUCAUGAGGAUCAUGUCAUGGAAGAUGAACUUGAUCAUGUCGUAGUUCCUGCUAGUACUAGAAGAGAACAUGGGGCUGACGCCUCAUCUACCCCUGGUCGUCCUGCCGGAAACGAAAAGAUCCUCGAAGGGAGCAACAAACGGGCAUCCUCGCGAAAAAAUUCGUCCUGCCCACCUUGUCGUGGAAGUUUUGCCGAGAUUAAUGGUACACCACGUCCUCGCGGUGAAAUUCCAGAGCAGCUGCAGUCGGAGUUGCCGAAGAGUGUAGUUGACUUUACGCAGCUUCACGAGGUCGACGUGGACCAAGAAAGAAGAGCGGACGGAGAUGAUGGUGCUGGUGUUGCAUCAAAGAUGAACGACCCCGACGAGACCGAUUCAUCUUUGUUUCUCGACGUAGAAGAUGACCAGCAAGAGCAGGAGCUGCACCAGCACUUCAGCAAAGGAACAACAACUUCCGCGGCGCUCCCUGUAGUGGAUGAUCCAAACAACCACGACAAUGCUUCCGAAGCUGGUCAGGAAGCAGGUGCUGCAGCUUCAACAGUGAUGGUUUAGAACCUUCCGUGACGGGAAGCAGAAGAACCUUAAAAUAAAAAUGUACUGUACGUGAGAAGAGGCGGUGGAUACAAUACAUCAAGUAAGACGAUGGAACAAUAAUAAAGUUGUACUUGUUUUAGUUUUUACCCUGCACGUUCAAAUAAAGCAAACGCCUACCUGGCAGUUUGACAAGAACCUUUUGAGCUCUCACUUCCCAAGUAACAACUACCGUUGUUUCAACGAGCACGAAGCAUUUUUACUACUUCGUGUGAGAAUACUGUACGCCAUAAACCUAGAGUAGCUACUUCGUGUGAGAAGUGGAUGAAUGUAAGUGCUUACUACUCUUGUUGUUCUGUAGCACACACUGCACUUUCGUAUUCCUACCGAAGUACCAAACUCUCAUUCGUGCAUUCGUUUUCGUCGUCGUCCUAACUCUCCUUCGUGCACUCUGAAGUCGUCCUUCGUACAAGUCUGAAGCAAGCAACAGUGGUACUUCAUGAAGAAUUUUCGUCCCUCUAUGUUGAGUCUGAGUUAUAAUUCCACUUUUCUCUUUACUCUUUUGGCUUCAUGCAGCAAAAACGACUGCCACGAGCUGUCACUCUUUUUCUAGUUGUGCCAAAUAAAGUCAAUACGUUAUUCACCAGGUCCAUCAGCUAGUCCCGUUUCUUAUUUUUGCGUUCUCAAUCUUUUUGUUUUUCUUUUUCCAGCACUUAUGCGAGUAAGAGCAACGUCAUAGCAGGUGUAGGUUUUAGUACCUUUGUGACAUCAAUCAACUACGGGAGCACGAUUUUUCUUCCAUCAUGGUUCUUUCAUCUGGUUCUGGUUUCAUCCGUGUGUUGAAGGUCUCUGCCGCACCGGGCCGCCAUCGCGGAAGACUACUUGUAACGCUGCUAUUGGGCGGCGGAGCCGGGGGCCCAUUGAAGAUGUUUUUUUUCGCGACAUUAUUAUUCCGAACUGUAUCCGCCGAGGGGACGAAAGCGAAUCUAUAUUGUCCCGAUUGCGCUCCCUCGUCUAACGAGCAACCCGACGAGACCACGCAAGUGGCGUGUUGCGCCAUGAAAUGAAAACUUCUGCGGGUAUUGCAGGAGGCGAAACUACUACGACUUGCGAGAAGAAGAACAUCUGCACUUGCGCGCACGGUACCGCAGCAAUGGAUGGGGCUUGCACCGCUGACGGAGCGGAAAUUUGUGCGCAGUGCGACAGCGGCUUCGAGCUGAAAACAGGAGGCGAGAGCACUACGACUUGCGAGAAGAAGAACAUCUGCACUUGCGCGCACGGUACCGCAGCAAUGGAUGGGGCUUGCACCGCUGACGGAGCGGAAAUUUGUGCGCAGUGCGACAGCGGCUUCGAGCUGAAAACAGGAGGCGAGAGCACUACGACUUGCGAGAAGAAGAACAUCUGCACUUGCGCGCACGGUACCGCAGCAAUGGAUGGGGCUUGCACCGCUGACGGAGCGGAAAUUUGUGCGCAGUGCGACAGCGGCUUCGAGCUGAAGGCUACAACCGGGGAGAAGAUUUGUGCCGAGCUAGGCAACAGCGAUAUGACAGUUGUGCGCAACCCUCUUCCCUUGUUUUCCGCCGCGUUUGUCAUGCAGCAAAAGUAUACCGCAUCGCAUCCGCAGAGGCCAAGCUGAAACACAUGAAAAUCCAUUUCCACUGCGAAAGCUACGAUGUUGC